CUCUCUCCCGCCGCUGAAUCAUUUGUCUUUCAAAUCUCUUCUCUCCCUCUGUCUCACUCUCACUCUCACCUUCGUCUUCCACUCUCCCCUCGCAGUGAAGACCGAAGCCUGCAACCGUUGGCUAGCCUUUCUCUCGGCGCACUUGUCACCGACAAGCUCGCAACCCUCUCUCCAUCCUCCAGUGAAACAGGAAUAUUUUAUUAUCAUGGUAAAGCAGCCUAAACCACCGAGUAGUGACAGAAUCAGCAUUCUUCUAGACCAUAUUGCUCUUCACAUCCUUUCAUUUCUGGCGAUGGAAGAUAUUGCACGAUUGAGCAUAGUGUCAAAGCGGUGGCGAGCAUUAUGCAUAUCUAUUCCAUCCUUGACUUUUGACAGCAUGCAAUAUGAAAGCAACCAUCUUAAACACGAUCACUUUAUGGAUUUUCUUGAUAGGUUCAUCCUUCGACGCAGUGGAAUAAAGAUGCCGCGCUUUUGUGUUCGUUGGAUGUCUGAAAAGUGGUAUCUGGAAGGAUUUCGUGUUCUCACAUGGUUGCAUUAUGCAGUUAGGUCUAGUGUGGAAGUGCUUGAUCUCGAACUCGAUAUACGUAGUGCAGGACUUCUUCAAAUGCCACUUGAUGUUUACCGUUGUGAAUCCUUGAGGUUCCUAACUGUGGAUUUGCAUGGACGGAUUUUGGAACUACCCUCCUCAAAUGGAUUCACGAAGCUUCAAUCGUUAACACUUAAACGUGUUCGAGUUCUUGACAAGCUUUUUGUGGAACAGGUCCUGUCUUUUUGCGAGUCCCUUGAUAAAUUAUGCCUCGAUAGUGUUAAAGGGAUAAGUAAGAUCAAUAUCAGGUCCUCUUCUCUAAAAUUUCUGGAAAUUAGGAGUUAUGACUACAGUGACCUCUUCCAUAUUAAUGUCUCGGUGGAUCUACUUGAUGAGUUGAUAGUAGGCUGGAAAUUUACUUCCUCUGGCAAAAGAUCACUGAAAAUUGCUGCCCCCCACCUCAAACAUUUGACAUGGGAUGGAUUUGGUCCAGAUUCCUAUUUUUUGGGGAACUUAAAGUGUUUACGUUCUUUUGCAUUAAGUCUUGAAGAGCUUUCUAACUCCUCGUACUUGGUGAAGUGUUUCCACAGUGUAAAAGGGAUUGAAGAUCUAGUGAUACAUGUGCAGUGUCUUAAGGCAUUAUUAAAGGCAGGCAUGCUGCCGAUUCCUUUGAAGUGUUUACAUAAUUUGCGUAUAAACUUUAGCUCUUCAGAUGGCAUGGAUGACGAUCUAGUCCCAGCAAUAGCCUUACUUCUGAAAGGAUUGUCUAAUUUACAGGACUUGCUCAUAACAUGUUGGAACGACCCUAAAUGUGAAGCUUAUUCUACAGAAAAGGCGAGACCGUUGCCAGAGAAGGCAUCUAGAUUUGACACAACAUAUUGGGAAUCCCAAAAGUUGACUUGUAUUCCUCAUUUGAAGAGGGUAAAGAUGGAGCUUAUUAAAGGGCUUCUUUUUGGCAAAAAUUCAUCGCAGCUGCUAAAGUAUAUCUUCAAGCAUGCCAGAGAGUUGGAGCAGAUAGACAUUGUUUGUCCAUCUUCUUGGAAAUCAUAUAUUCUUGCAAAGAUCACUGAAUGUGGGGUGGCUUCAACUGUUAGAGUUUCUGUCGUUUGUGUCUAUCCUCCCGACAUGCCCUUGGAUUGGGUGUCAGAUGGUGUUGAAGAUGAAGAUCAUGCCAUUGAAGAGGAUUUCCAUCAGGUUAAAAAGGGUGCGCGUCUUAAGAUCAAAGGGAGGAGAGAGUUGUUGAAUUUGAAAAGUUCCAUUGACUAUGGUGAUGCAAGCAUGCCCUCUAGGAGAAGAAAAGGAAAGGCUCAGGUGUUGGAGCAUUGAAUGUUCCCAGUGGUUUUGAGUUUAAGGGCUUAGGUCAUCGUGGGUUUGUUUGGAAUUUUUUUUCUUCUUGUAGCUUUGAAUACUCUUUGUGGGUUUCGAAGCACUAAAAAUUAUGAUUUUUAAUGCAAGGUAGGAAAGUAAGCAUUUGAGAGUUUGUGUAGCAUUUAUUUAUUUUUUUUCCCCAUUUUUAAUCAAGACUACCAUUUAAGGUAUGGUGUUUCAGGGGAUACAAUAGGGUUAAUGACAUGAAAUUAUAUUGAUCUUUAGAUUAU